AUGGAAUCAGAAUCAACUAAAAAAGUACCAAAUAUUCUAAAGAAGCACAAGAUAUCCGUGUUGAAAAAAGACUGUUUUCCUAAUGAUACGGCUUUGCUUCGUUGUAUGAAAGUAACUAGACCGUUCAUUGUGAAGGAGGAUGUUAUAUAUCGGUCUGAACCGGGAGAUUUCAUGAAGGGGGAAUACCCUAAUUUGACUAUCAUUAAUAGGUUAAAUAUUCUGGCUAACAGCAGUCGCACUACAGCUAAGUAUACUGACGAAGCAUUGGGCUGGGUUGAACGUACGUCCGAUGAUGUUGCGAAAUUGAUCGGGCAAAAGAAUUACGAUAUCGUAUUUUCUGCUUUGUGUUCUGUAAUAAGCCAAGAGCUUCGCAUACAAGAGUUGAAAUCAAUCGUGGAUGAUGACAGCAACAUAUCGGAUAUAAGUUGUGGGAACAUCUCUAUUGAUAGCAGCAGUAUACCAUUACAACUAGAAAACCCCAUUUCUAUUUUAAAUGAUAUUGACAAGCAUACUCAAGAGCCAGUUAGUCAUUGUACACUAUCUAUGUUGGAUGGCAGUCAAGUCAAAAUACGAGGCAAACCUGAAGAUCAGUUUCAUAUUGCUACAGCGGAAAUUUUAAAAUACUUAAAUCCUAUUGACAGGAGCAAACUUAUGUGGUAUCAAGCAUAUAUUGAUUGGAAAUACUGCUUACAAAGGGAUGAAGACAAUAAUUUGCCUAUUCAUCGGGCCGUAUUGAAUAACGACGUGGAUCUAUUGCGAAGACAGUGUGUAAUGGUAAAGAGUAGACAUGAAUCCGUCGACAUACCGAUCCAUAAUAAUCUGACAGCGCUCCAAAUUUCCAUAUCCCAAGAGUCCGCCGCGUGCACUGCUGUUCUGCUGAAGCACGGCGCCAACCCGCUGGCGACGGACGACGAACACAGGACCACGUUGCACCUCGCCGCCGAGGAGUCCCCGGAUCACCUGAUGGCGGUGAUAGACCACUGCAGGAGGAACGCCCGGCAUAUACUUUAUGACAAUGAAUUGUGGAUGCCGGAACUAGAAGAUAAAACGGAGGAAGAUAUUUCGAAAUAUCUGUUGUCAAAAGUUUGCCGAAUGUACGACAAUCAAGGUUGUACACCGUUGAUACUUGCCAGCAGGCUGGGCAAAUACACCAACGUUCAGUUGCUACUGGACGCCGAUCCAAAGUCCGUUAACGUGCCGAUGCCGAACUGUGGCAACACUGCGCUGUAUUCCGUAGUCACCGCAGCUUGUAUAGACGCAAAACAUAGCAGCAACAAGUCGAAGGCGGCCGAGCACUUCGUGAAGACAGUCGAGGUGUUGGUGAGGCACGGCGCGGACCCGGCGAUCGAGAACAAAUCAGGGAGCAGCGCGAACCAGCUGCUCAACGACUACCACCUGUCCGAGGUAUCGAUGAUAAUAGCGAACUCGAUAGUGGCCUCGAAGUAUCCGAAGGAAGAGGUCGACGUCAUCAACGACUUCAGCUCCUUCAUGCUGGUCAAGGAAGAGAGCGGCGCGGUGAACCUGCAGGUGCUGAAGAGGGAGAAGGGGACAGAGGGACCGGCAAAGGAGGCGAGGAUCCUCGAGUUGCUGAAGACAGAGAAGGGGGCGGAGGGACCGGCAAAGGAGGCGGGGAACCUCAAGGUGCUGAAGAGUGAGAAGGGGACGGAGGGAGCGGCGAAGGAGGCCAUCGCAAGGGGCCCAACGCCACCGGCGACUGGCAUACUGGCGGGAAUCCUUGGGGCGAGCAGCCCGCGCGAAAUCAUCAUAUGCGCGAACAAAACUAUCAAGCGGGAGCCGUCGCCGAAGUGCGAGCACCGCAGGAAGCCGACGCAGAGCCGAAUUUACGUGCCCGUCGCGACCAAGAACGUCGCGCCGAUCGACAAACGCAUCGGCGCUCCGACACCGACGAACGCGAUACGGCCGGCGCCGAAGGUCGUCGCGGUCGCCAAACUGGACGCGAUCGGCAAAGUGAACGUGAUAAAACGCUGCGGUGCCAACGUCACGUCGGCCGUCACGUUGCCCCCGAGCGACGUGACAACGGCCAAGAUAAGCGUGAAAAAGAAACCGCCGCCGACGCGCGAUCAGACACGCGACGUUCCGAUAAAGAAACAGAAACGGGGCCUCGAUCAA